UUCUUCGACUUUCUUCUUCGAUUUUCUUAUCAUUGAGAAUCCUAAUUGCUCCCGUUACCUACAGUAGAUUGGUCGGGAUCUGAUUGCUGCGUCGAAGACCCUACUUUCCGAGCAGUCGCACAGUUUGCACGUGCUCAGAACCUGCCCUGAAGCUCAACGAUGGGGAAAAAAGGAGGGAGCCAGAAGAGAGGAAGCAAAAGUACAAAAACUCGCAAAGAUAUCCUCGAAGACCAAUACGAUGACGAGAUUGACGCCUUUCAUAAACAGAGGGAUAUUGUUCCAUUGGAUGUUAACGAUGAUACUGAUGAAUCAGAUGAAGAUGAUGUGCAACCUGUUUUUGAUUUAAAGGGUGUGGAUGAUGAAGAUGAGGAUGAGGAGGAUGAAGAUACAGAAGACGAAGAGGAAUCCGAAAAUGGACUUACUGCGAAAAUGAUAAGGCAAAAGAAAUAUCUGCGGGCUAAGUUUGGUGAUGGUGAUGAUGAAAUGGCUGAUGAUGAUGAUAAGGAGAAAGAUGAGGAAGACAAAAGCACAUGGGGUGGACCUCGACGAAAGGACCAAUACUAUAAUGGUGAUAAUGUAGAUUUUGAGCUCCAAUCAAGUGAUGAUGAUGAGGACCUUAAAGCAGAAGAAGAGGAGGUGAAAAGACUACGGGCAGCGCAAGUAGGAUCCAUUACGGCAGCUGAUGCUGGGUUAGAAGAUGAUAGUGAAGAGAGUGACCGAGAAUUAACCAUGGAGGAAAUUUCUGUUAGAGGCAAGCAGGCUACAAAAUCCAUCACAGAUAAGAUAGGAAAGGAUGACAAAGAAACACAUGUUGAAGAGAUCAAGAAAGACAUAAACUCUUUGUCAAAAGAAGAGCAAAUGGAUGUAGUAUAUAGUUCUGCUCCGGAAAUAGUUGGUCUUUUAUCUGAGUUAAAUGAUGCGGUCGAAGAGCUUGAGACUAAGAUAAAUCCUGUUAUGAGUAAGUUAAAGGAAGGAGGAAUUCCCUUGAAUGGUGGAACUAGGUACUUGGAGGUUAAGCAGCUUCUGCUACUGGCCUAUUGCCAAUCUAUAACGUUUUAUUUUCUACUCAAGUCUGAAGGGCAGCCCAUCCGUGAUCAUCCGGUCCUUGCCCGUCUUGUAGACAUCAAAGCUUUGUUGGAUAAGAUCAAAGAACUUGAUGGAGAGCUUCCCACUGGAUUUGAGGAGUCUCUAGCGAAAAGUAUUGCUAAUGGAACAGUGCAAAAGGUGGUCAAGGACGAUGCGCUCUCUUCACCUGUUUCUUCUCCGGUAGAUGGAAUCACACAAGACACAGUCGAGCCGGUGAAAAUCGACAAAGUGAGAGAAGACAAGAAGAAAAAAGGAGAGAAACGCAAGCACCAGCAGAGUGAUCAAGUUAAUGUGCAAAGUGAAGAAAUGUUGAAACUUCGAGCUGCUCUAGAGGGAAAGCUAAGAAGCAAUGGAGUUUUUGGUUCUACUUCUUCGAAGUCUGAUAAGGCUCAAAAACGUCAGAAAUUAGCUAAUAGGAAGCUAGAGACAUUCGAUGAUUAUGUGGAUGAUGCAGAAAAUAGCACUGAUGUACCAGCUGAUAAGCUCACAAAGCUUGUGUCCACCAAACGGAAGUUCAAGACUGUUUCUGGAGAUGAUGAUUUACCGCAAAGAGAUGAUAUCGGAGAACGACGUAGAAAGUUUGAGCUCAAAGUUUUGGCUGGAGCUGGUGUGAAGUCAGAGGAAGAUGGCAGAAAUGAAAGUGGGGCAUUUGCAACAGAUGACGAUGAUGAUGAUGAUAUUGACAUGGUUGAUAAUGAUGACGGAUCAGAAGGCUCAGAAGAUGAAUUUUAUAAACAAGUGAAACAGAAACAACAAGCUAAACGAGCUGCCAAAGCAGAGAUCUAUUCAAGGAAACCAUCAUUGCCUACGUCAUUACCAGAAAGUGUAGAUGGAAAACGACUGAUUUCAAAUGAGAUUUAUUCGAACAGAGGAUUGACUCGACAUCGCAACAAGGACCUAAAAAACCCAAGAAAGAAGUACCGGGUAAAGCACAGGAAGAAAGUCAUCGACCGCAAAGGACAAGUCAGAGACAUCAGGAAACCUUUGGGUGCAUCAUAUGGAGGAGAAGGUUCCGGUAUCAAUCCCAACAUAAGCCGGAGCAUACGGAUCAAGAACUAGCCUCCAUUUCCUAUGUCGCCACCUUUAUUUUUUCCUUUCUUCUUUUUUCUGUUGUUGUAUUUUACUCUUCUAUUUUGCAUUUCACUCUUCUUCAAUACUCGAACGAAUCAUUGCUUUGCAAAUUUUGAUUUUUGAUUUUUGUUUUAAUUGAUCGUCUUACAUUUGUAUUUUUUUGUUUAAACUUGCUAACCCUUCAAGGAAACUAAAGAUAAUUUAUUUUAGCUUUUCA